AUGUCUCUCAAGCAGGAAAUCGAGACUUGGGUCGAGGCUCUGAACCACUACGACAACAAUGAAUUCGAGAACGCACUCCGAAUCUUCGACAAUAUUGCGGAUACUUCAAAGAUACUGUUCAAUUGUGGUGUCAUACAUGCCACUAUUGGCGAACACGAUCGAGCAGUCCACUGUUAUCAGCGCGCAACACAGCUAGACCAGUAUCUGGCAGUGGCAUAUUUCCAAGAAGGUGUUUCAAACUUCCUUGUUGGAGACUUCGAGGAAGCCCUGGCCAACUUUAAUGACACCCUACUUUACCUGAGAGGAAACACCUACAUCAACUACGAACAGCUGGGACUCAAGUUUAAGCUCUACUCCUGCGAAGUACUAUUCAACAGAGGCUUGUGCUAUAUAUACCUCCAGCAAGAGAAGCCUGGCCUGCAAGACUUCCAAUAUGCUGUCAAGGAAAAGAUGACGCCAGAUCACGAUGUUAUUGAUGAUGCGAUUCGAGAAAGAGCAGUAGGAUAUACUGUCUUCUCUAUUCCUGUGGGUGUACUAUACAGGCCCAACGAGGCAAAAGUCAAGAAUUUGAAGACAAAAGACUAUCUAGGAAAAGCACGACUGAUCGCGACAGCUACCUCGAAUACGUCUACAGGUUUUGCAGGUGCUGAGCAGAAGGAGCGAAUGAUGUUAGAAUCUUCGGCGAAGGACGAUAGGUUACCAGAGAAUAUCAGCUAUGCUGCGACGAAUCUAGUAAACAAGAACCUAUUCAGCAGCAGUAGACCAGGACGAGAGCAAAGCGCACCACCGACAAUGGGCAGGAAUGUCUUUCCACCCACACCACCUCCUGAGAAUGACAAACGCAGUGUGCUCAAUGCUGCACCUCCAGGUCGAAACAUGUCACUGCGGAACUCAGGAGGUCACAGGCCAUCGGCGUCACUGAGCCAGCACGAGAACCGACCACAAAAACUUUCGAUACGCACCCACCAGCUCGAGACAACACCACAGAUGUCAUUAGAGACUAGAACAUCCAUACCUGAGGAUAAGCCGACAAGGCCACCUACAGUCCGCACGGCAUCAGAACCACGAGGACCACAGCCAAGACAGCAAUUGCUGAAUAGGAGGCUAUCUCACAACAACCAGAGGACGUCUGGACCACUCUAUGGAGAAACAACACAGUCCCGUCUUGCUAGUAUGCAGGAAGAAGACACAGUCGACGACGUCUACGGCAUGUACGGCAAGUCUUCGACGAAACCAAGGAAACACCGGUCACGAGAAGCGCAACACUAUCUCGACGAGGAAGAUGAGUACAUCAAUUCAUCUCCAGACGAUGCGUCUUUGCGCAUGCAGAAGCGAUCACAUUCGCGUGGACCGAGCAUAUCUUCACAGAGUUCAACGAAACGGGUUGAGAUGCGUAAAAUCCGCGUCAAGGUGCAUGCAGACGAUGACAGCAGGUACAUCAUGCUCAAUUCAACGUAUAUAGAUUAUGGUGAGUUUGAGAGCCGAGUUCGCGAGAAGUUCGGCAUCCGAGGAAAGAUGAAGAUGCUUAUGCGCGACUUUGACGACGAGACGGGCCAGAUGAUCACAAUGGCUGAUCAAGAUGAUCUGGACGUGCUGUUGAGUCACGUAAAAUCUACAGCACGGAAGGAAAGGAACGAGAUGGGUAAGAUGGAGGUAUGGGUACAACAGAUGAUAUAG